AUGAGUGAUUGUAAUGCGCAAAGUACACUUACUAAUGUAAAUCAGAGAUUGAGCAGAGAUGAUGGCAGCCCGAUGAGCGAUGGAAAAAGUUAUCAAGAGCUGCUAGAAGGAUUAAUGUACCCAAGCGUAUCAACGAGACCCAAUACUUCCUUUACGCUAAGUGGUUUAACACAAUAUAGCAAAAAUCCAAAAACAUUGCACUUGAACGCAUUGAAGGAGGAACGCCGGUAUUUGAAAGGAACAGAAGAUUUUCAAGUGGAAUAUAGUAACCCAAAUCAAAUGAAAGAAUUGAAUUGUAACACAGAUGCUUCAUGGUACAGCACUGCGGAUGCCAAAUCAUUCAGCGGUAUUUUAUUUUGCCGAAAUGGAGGUCUGGGCCAUUGGAGAAGUAAAAUGUAA